AUGGAUGACAAGAAGAAGCAUCACAAGAAGAAAAAAAUUGGGAAGAAGGCGAAGAAGAAGAAAAUAAGCAAGGGAGGAAAUCGCGGUGGAAAGAAAAAUGAAGUGAAAAAGUAUCAUAAGGCCUUCGCCUUCAGCGGAGGUAUUCGAAGUGCCCACAGAAGAAAACAACACCAAUUUGAGUUAGAGGAGAAGAAGUUAAGGGUGCCAAGGAAUUUUAAAGAAUGCAGUAAAAGUAGCCCACUGAUAGUGGCUAUACAAGGUCCGAAAGGAGUUGGUAAAAGCACUCUUUUGAAAAGCCUCAUUAAGCACUACGUUGGUGUAUCCAUCAAUGAAGUAAAGGGGCCUAUAUCGAUAAUAACGAAGGCAUUGAAAAGGUACACGUUCAUAGAGGUGGAGGACAAUAUUUUAAGUAUGAUUGAUGUUGCGAAAAUUUCAGAUCUUUGUCUGCUCGUUAUCGAUGGGAGCUAUGGACUUGAACUGGAAACCCUUGAAUUUGUAAGUAUUUUGAAUACCCAUGGGUUGCCGAAGGUUAUAGCUGUAGUUACCCACAUGGACAAGUUUAAGGAUAGUAAGAGUAUCCGGAAGAGGAAGAAGAAAUUGAGUAAGAGGUUUAGCGAAGAAAUGGUCGAGGGGGCAAAAAUAUUCUUUUUUAGUGGAAUUCAAAGUGGCAAAUAUAACAAAACGGAGGUUCGUAACUUUUCUAAAUUCGUUUCGUCCGUAAGGAGACCACAUAUCUCUUGGAGGGAGCAGCAUGGAUACGUUUUGGGUUUGCGCUUAGAUGUGGAUGAGGUUGCAACGGAAGAAGAAGAGGAGGAGGACAAGCGAAUUAACUCCUUUCUCUCCAAAUGUGAUGAGCAAGUGUGUGUCCACGUGGAAGGAUUCGUUUAUGGAUCCAAAAUUUUUAACAAUCAAGUCUUACACAUUCCUAAUAUCGGGGAUGUAGAAAUUAGGGAUAUUAAAAUCUUGCAGGAUCCGUUCCUUACAGAUGAACAGAAGAAAAAUCCAAACGUAUAUGCCCCUAUGGCAGAUGUUGGUAAUGUGGCAUUCGACUUGGAUAACAUGUUUAUACACAUACCGAAGAGCAAGGUGAACUUCACGCCGGGGGAGGCUCUCCUUGGGGAUAGUGCAGAAAAUGGAAAGGAAAUUGGUGGGCAGAGUGUAGGAGGAAGUGAUGAAGAAAGUGGUGGAGAAAGUAACGGUGGGGCGGAUGAUCCCUCUGCCAGGCGGGAUGAUGAACGAUACAUGACGGAGGGCAUACGCAUGAUUCGGGCUCUACAAACGUCAAAGUAUGCCCUGUGUAGCAAUACAGGCGCGGAGGAGGAGCCAUUGCUAUUCGAUGGUCAGGAGGAAAGGAACCACCGAAGGAAGGCCCCCUCCAACGUGUUCGUUAGCGAACGACAAAAGAAGAAGAAGCAGGCGGAGAAGUACGUUAACGAAAAGGUGAAGGAGUACACGGAGCUGGAGCCCAUUUUGUUUGGGAAGAAGGACGCGGAGGACGACUACCACUACGCGGAUGGAGUGAGUUUGUCGGCUAGCGGGGGAGAGGAAGACGACAAGGGCAACAAUGACGAUGACAACAAUGAUGUUGACAACAAUGAUGAUGACGACAGUGAUUAUGAUAGUAACGACGAUGAUGGUAGUGACGACUCGGAUGAUGAUGACGAUGAUGACGAUGAUGACGACGACAACAACGAUGAUAAGAAUGAUGAUGACAGUGAUGAUGAUGGUGAUGAUGGUGGUGAUGAUGAUGGUAACGAUGAUGGUAACGAAGAUGAAGAGGAGGACUUGGGCGUGAACUUCGCCAACGGCAGGGAGGACCAGCUGGCGCAGGAACUCGCCUUCGACAACAAAGCGAAUUUUGAGACGUUCAUUUAUGACAGGCGCUACAUCCACAGGAAGAACAACCACCUGUACUUCAAGGGGGAUAUCCUGGUGUUGAUGCGGCGGCAGGAGGAGGGGGUGCAGGAGGAACAAGAUUUCCUUAGCCUCUUCAGUAUGGACUCGGUGAAGGAAGAGAAGGCGCAACGACUAUACAGCUACAUGCAUGAAGAGAACUACUUUCUAGACGAGCCGGAUUCCUUUAAGUGGACUAAAGAUGAAGUGUUCGUUUUUAACAACCUGACCGUGUCGUUAGGGGAUAUUGCGGAUGAGGCCUUGGCGGAACAGUUCUUCUCGCGGUACAGGAGCCUGUACGAGGGGUGUUUUGCAGCGACCGAUGAUGCAGAGAGCGACGGAGAGGUGGGCAUGGCCAGUGAAGAAGAGGUAAAGAAGCGAGACGACAAUUCCGGAGGGGAAGAUAAACUCGGAGGGGAAGACCAAUUUGGAGGGGGUGAUAUUGCGAUGGUGGGCGAAGAGGACGGGAAGGCCUCCCUGAAGAAGGAAAAGGCAGAAAGGGAACAGAAGAAAGAAAAGUACCAAGAGACGGAGAGCAUCGGUGUGUUAAACUCCAACACAUACGGAUCCUCUGUGAAUAUCGGUGAGUACAUAAAACUGGUUUUCAAAAUUGAGCGCAAAAAAUUAGCACUGAUGAAAAAGAGCAUUAUAAUCUGUGGAGGAUUACAAACGUAUGAGGAGAAGGAGUCCAUUAUUCACUGCAGAGUAAAAAAGCAUCGGUGGUUCCCAAAAGUAUUAAGGUCCAACGACCCAAUGAUAAUCUCGAUAGGUUGGAGGAGGUACCAGAGUAUCCCCAUAUAUUCUAUAAACGAGAGAAACAACGUAAGGAUACGAUUCUUAAAGUAUACAACAGAACACAUGCAUUGUAAUUGCACUUUUUAUGGACCAGUGGCAGGUGCAAACAAUGGAAUUUUGGCAAUCGCUAAGUAUAACAAGGUACCCUACUACCGCAUCUGCUUCAAUGGAGUGACAUUGGAGACGAAUGCAAAUAUAAAAAUAAUGAAAAAACUGAAACUCAUUGGAGAGCCAUAUAAAAUUUUUAAAAAUACAGCUUUUGUAAAAAAUAUGUUUAACUCAGAUUUGGAAGUAUGCAAAUUCAUUAAUUGUCCUGUGGUGACUCCGAGUGGAAUAAAAGGAUUGAUUAAAAGUAAGCUCUCCGAAAAUGGCAACUGCAGAUGUACGUUUGCAGACAAAAUUCGCAUUAGCGACAUUGUGAUUCUGAAGCUCUACGUGAAUGUGAAAAUAAAAAAUUUCUUUACUUACGAUGUGGAGAAUAAACUGAGAUCCAUAAAUGAGCUACGGUAUAUAUACAAUUUGUAUGUUAACCACAAAAGUAAUUAUAGAAGCGUACCGUUUCGACAUUUUUAUCAUUCGAAAAUACAUAUCAAUCCAAAGCUGAUAAAGGAACUUCCUUAUAAAUCGAAGCCUAAGUUAUUUAGCAAAAUGAACAAUGAGGAAGAGUUAAAAAAACAGAAACAAAAGAAAGAUGACCAGAUUAACUUCCAGGCACUGGAAAAUCCCAAGUUAGCUUCUCGCUGGUACCAAAUGCUCCAUACCAUUAAAAAGAACAUAGUGGACAAGAGGAAAGAAAAGGCAAAAGUGUCUUACCAUAACAAACUAAAAAAGACACUUAUGGUGGAGGAAGCUAAGAACAAGGUCGUCAAGCAACGGAAGAAAAUGUCUUAUCGCAAGGGAAAGACGCGCACACACCCUUGA